AUGGUGCAUUCUUACCAGCGUCAGAGAGACGGCGACCUUCCUGCUUCAAAGAAGAAACGCCAGGCAGGGGAGAAGAUUAUGUAUACUUUGGUCUCUGUGCCACAUGGAAAUGACAUCGCAUCUCUCUUUGAACUGGAUGCCACCACUCUUCAGAGAGCUGAUUGCCUGGUUCCGAGGAACUCCUACGUCCGGCUGAGGCAUUUGUGCACUAACACCUGGGUCACUAGUACCAGCAUUCCAAUAGACACUGAUGAAGAGAGGCCUGUGAUGUUAAAGAUUGGGACAUGCCAAACAAAAGAGGACAAGGAAGCUUUUGCUAUUGUAUCGGUUCCUCUGUCUGAGGUCAGAGACCUGGACUUUGCCAACGACGCAAACAAGGUUCUAGCAUCAACUGUUAAAAAGCUGGAGAAUGGAACAAUAACCCAGAAUGAAAGGAGGUUUGUAACCAAGUUACUGGAAGAUCUCAUUUUCUUUGUUGCCGAUGUGCCUAAUAACGGGCAGGAAGUUUUGGAUGUGGUCAUUACCAAGCCAAACCGGGAACGACAAAAAUUAAUGAGGGAACAAAACAUACUGGCUCAGAUAUUCGGCAUCCUCAAAGCUCCUUUUAAGGACAAAGGCGAAGGAUCCAUGCUGAGGCUUGAAGACCUAGGUGACCAGAGAUAUGCUCCGUACAAGUACAUGUUAAGGUUAUGUUACAGAGUUCUCAGGCAUUCCCAACAGGACUACAGGAAGAACCAGGAAUAUAUUGCUAAGAACUUCUGCGUCAUGCAGUCCCAGAUUGGUUAUGAUAUUCUGGCAGAAGACACCAUCACAGCUUUGUUGCACAACAACAGAAAACUGCUAGAGAAACACAUCACAGCUAAGGAAAUAGAGACGUUUGUUAAUUUACUCCGGAGAAAUCGAGAGCCGAGAUUCUUGGAUUAUCUAUCCGACCUGUGUGUAUCUAACACCACCGCGAUACCGGUAACUCAGGAACUCAUCUGCAAGUUUAUGCUGAGCCCGGGCAAUGCUGACAUUCUCAUUCAGACCAAGCUGGUUUCAACGCAAAUGGACAAUCCCUUGGAAUGCCCAGUCAUCUCGGAUGACAUUGAUGAAGAGGAAGUGUGGCUUUACUGGAUUGACAGUAACAAGGAACCUCAUGGCAAAGCCAUCAGGCAUCUGGCUCAGGAGGCGAAGGAGGGCACAAAAGCUGAUUUAGAAGUCCUUACCUACUACAGGUACCAACUUAACCUCUUUGCAAGAAUGUGCCUGGACCGCCAGUAUCUAGCCAUCAACCAGAUUUCUGCACAGCUCUCAGUGGACUUGAUCCUCCGCUGUAUGUCUGAUGAAAGCCUCCCUUACGACCUCCGGGCUUCUUUUUGUCGGCUGAUGCUGCACAUGCAUGUGGACAGAGAUCCUCAGGAAUCUGUGGUACCUGUCAGAUACGCCAGGCUGUGGACUGAAAUUCCUACCAAGAUCACAAUUCACGAGUAUGAUUCUUUCACAGACUCUUCAAGAAACGAAAUGAAGAGGAAGUUUGCACUCACUAUGGAAUUUGUGGAAGAGUACUUGAAAGAAGUUGUAAACCAGCCCUUUCCUUUUGGAGACAAGGAGAAAAACAAACUUACAUUUGAGGUGGUACAUCUGGCUCGAAACCUCAUAUACUUUGGCUUUUAUAGUUUUAGUGAGCUUCUCAGACUGACCCGGACACUGCUGGCAAUUCUAGACAUUGUUCAAGUUCCUAUAUCAUCAUACUUCGAAAGGCUGAGCAAGUUUCAGGAUGGAG